CCCCGAGCGGACAGUGCGAGGGGAGGAGCGGAACCGGAGUUAAAGUAGCCGCGCACGAUGAUGCGCGUGAGAGACACGGAGCAAAGCUUUCUCGCUCGGGCAUCUCCAGGUUUCGGACUGGGGGUUGAAAGAUGAAAAAGCCCUGCACAGCAGCACUGUCUGUCAACUUCGGCGUGGCGUCGUGAAAGACGUGCACGAGCCACCGGCGACGGGAAGCGCUGAGACUGGACAGCACGCGCCCGGGGGAGGGGGGUGUACUUUGUGCCGCGCAGUUAAAACGCACUGAAUGAAGAGAGCGCGCGCACCUCCGUGCGACGGGAGCAAAACAAGGACGAGCGCAGCGGCUUCAGGGCGACUUCAGGAGGAACACCUGGCUAUACUCAAAAGAUCUCAUUAGCCUGUGAUGAGCAUCAUCAUCUUCCACAGACUCAAGACAGUGCCAGAUUGGCUCUGAAAGGAAUGAUGUCGCGUCACCACCACCGGUUCGAGAGGGACUACCGGGGCACGUGGGAACGUCGCGACCGGCCUGCACCCCUUCACAACGGAGUGACCAAUAACGCCUGCACCCCGGUUGGCCCUACACUUGCUAAUGGCAACAACCGACCAGGGCUUCUUCCUCUUCCUGUUAUCCCCUCUCUUUUGCCCACUCCGGUCACAAUUGCCGUGACGACGAGUAGUAACGAGCUGGGCACCAAACGUGCAGGGGCACCGGUUUCAGCUCAGACAGUAAAGCCUGCUGGACUUUCUCCUGGUGAGAAUCAGAUGCCUGCGCUGCUUCUGGCUCCGGGGUUGAGGUGGGGACAAACACCCAUCAACCAGUCCACGCCAUGGGACACGGACGAGCCUCCAGUCAAACAGCACAGAGAGAACGACACAGCAGGGCCUCCAUGGGUGCCUCCGGUGGUUGCAGUGAGUCAGCCGAGUCUCUUAGCUCACUCGUACACUCUGCCUCAGCCUCCUGCCUACAGCCAGGGAGCUUCUGUCCAGUCGCCUGUCAUAGGUGUGACCCCCGCCAUCCAGACUCCAGUCCCUCCUCACCACCCACUCAUUAGUGCACACUUCCAAGUUCCUCCGCACUCAUCCCAGCCACACGGCAGCCUGGUGCUCAGCCUGCAGAAUCAGUCGCCUUACAGCACUAACCAGCCGUCCAUCACUCCCUCGCCCAUGCCAGCUGGAGGACACAGCAUAGUGGGCAACGGGCACCUGACUCACCCACUCAUGCAGCUGCCCGCUCUGCCUUCUGCUGCACUGCCAUUGACCAACGGGCAGCCUUCACCCGCAUCAGCCAAUCAGGAGGGCUCGAACGGCCUGCAGAUGCUUCGUACAGUGGGCAUGGGGAAGUACGAGUUCACAGAUCCUGGGCAUCCUAAAGAGAUGUUGAAGGAGCUGAACCAGCAACGCAGAGAGAAAGAAUUUACAGACCUGAAAAUUGUAGUUGAAGGCAAAGAGUUUGAAGUCCACCAAAAUGUUCUAGCUUCCUGCAGCUUGUAUUUCAAGGACCUGGUGAAAAGGUCCCUCGGAGAGACGGGUAGUGGAGAGAAGCUGGAGCUGCAGAUGACCAACAUCGGUGCAGACGUGCUGGAGAUGCUCCUGGAGUUCGUGUACACCGGCUCACUGGUCAUCGACUCAGCCAACGCCAAAACCCUGCUGGAGGCUGCUAACAAAUUCCAGUUCAACACAUUUUGCAAAGUCUGUGUGUCUUUCUUAGAAAAGCAGCUGACAGCGGGGAACUGCCUGGGGGUCCUGGCCAUGGCCGAGGCUAUGUGCUGCACAGAGCUGCACAACAUGGCCAAGGCAUUUGCGCUGCAGAACUUUCCAGAUGUGGCAGGCCAGGACGAGAUCCUCAGCAUCUCUAAAGAAGACCUGGUCAGCUACUUGUCCAACGAUAGUCUAAACACAAAAGCUGAGGAGCUCGUCUAUGAGACUGUCGUUAAAUGGAUCAAGAGGGACCCAACCAACCGAGUACAGCACAUUUCGGAGUUGCUGGCAGUAGUCCGAUUACCAUUUAUUCAUCCAAGCUACCUGCUAAACGUCGUGGACAAUGAGGAGCUCAUCAAGUCGUCCGAGGCCUGCCGAGACCUAGUGAACGAGGCUAAGCGCUACCACAUGCUCCCUCACGCACGCCAGGAGAUGCAGACUCCCCGCACUCGGCCAAGACUGUCGGCAGGAGUUGCAGAAGUGAUAGUGUUGGUCGGAGGGCGGCAGGCCAUCGGUAUGAACCAGCGCUCUCUUACUGCAGUCACCUGCUUCAACCCGCAGAACGGCAAGUGGUAUCCCCUCGCUAGCCUGCCUUUCUACGAACGUGAGUUCUUCAGUGUCAUCUCAGCAGGGGACAACAUUUACCUGUCAGGGGGAACCGAGUCAGGGGUGACGGUGGCAGAUGUGUGGUGCUACAUGUCACUGCUGGACAACUGGAACCUGGUGUCCUGUAUGACGGUGGCACGAUGCAGACAUAACAGUCUGGUGUAUGAUGGGAAACUCUACACUAUCGGAGGCCUCGGCAUGGCCGGGAACCUGGAUCAUGUGGAAAGGUAUGACACCAUCACUAACCAGUGGGAGACGGUGUCUCCACUGCCCAAACCAGUGCACUCAGCAGCAGCAACAGUUUGUGGAGGGAAGAUCUACGUGUUUGGAGGAGUGAACGAGGCCGGACGAUCAGCUGGGGUUUUACAGUCGUACGUUCCUCAAACCAACACCUGGAGCUUCAUCGAGUCGCCGAUGAUUGAUAACAAGUACGCCCCUGCUGUGAGCCUCAACGGCUUCAUCUUCAUCCUCGGCGGAGCGUACGCCAGAGCCACUACCAUCUACGACCCGGACAAGGGCAACAUCAAAGCUGGACCCAACAUGAACCAUUCCAGGCAAUUCUGCAGUGCUGUUGUGCUCGACGGAAAAAUAUACACCACAGGAGGCAUCGUGAGCAGCGAGGGACCAGCCCUCGGCAACAUGGAGACAUUUGACCCCUGCACUAACACGUGGACUCUUCUGCAGAAUCUGCCAUGCCCACUCUUCAGACACGGCUGUGUGGUGAUCAAGAAGUACAUCCAGAGCGGCUGAUGACCAACACACACACACACAAACACACUCUACACACACACAAACACACAGCAACACUCCUCAAUACACUGCAGGGAUCCAAGUCUAAGCACUACUCCCCAAACUCCAGCGGCUCUCCUGGGUGGAAUAGAGUGGAGCUCCACCUCUCGACAAGUCCACAAUCUGGAAGUGUAGAGUAGAGAACCCUCAUGUACGGCUCUCAUGCCAUAUGAGUAAUAAGCAAGCAUUUUGAUAGUUUUCUCAGAUUGACUUAUUCGUUAUUUUUUUCUUUGUUUUCACCCGUCAAAUAAAUGUCAGUAACAGUGGCACUUUUUUUUUUCUUCCCCCAAAUGAGUGAAUCAAGCUGAAUUUAUGGUUUAUCAUUGUUUCUGCUACUUGGCAAAUCAGGUCUAACGGACAAGAGUUGCUCCAACAAAUCAGAGGAAUACUUUGACUUGAGGGUUCUUCAGUGCAGCCUGCAUCUUCACAAGACAGCGUCACGGGUAUAAGAUCCAACAAUGAGACUAAAUGAACAUCAUGGGGUUGUGUUUUUUUGGGGGUGUUUUUUUUCUUUUCUUUUCUUCUCCCCUCCUCCCAAACACACAGCCAAAGCACAAUCUGCUUCUGAUUUCGAGGAAGACGUUGUACAUUUUGUCCCUCCAUUGUAAUCUAAAUCCAGCUGAAACAGGCUGUGGAUGGAGGCGUUUGGGGGCAGGGGUUUAGGGUCCUGUAUCAUAGGGAAGGAAAUAUGUAUAUUUUAAAACUGAAGGUAAUUCUGUAUAAAUGUUUUAAGAAACUUCAAUAGGUUGGAAAAAAAAAAAAAAAAAAGAGACUGUAAAUAUGUACCCAAAAUGGACCAUUUACAUGUUAUUAAUGAUGAAACAUAAAACGGAUAAAAAAUUAAUAAAUAAAUCGUGUCCUAUUUUUAUCAAAAUCAA